AUACGAAAGAAACCGAGCCGGAGCGGAGCUGUCCGGAACAUCCGGCCGUAGCCUCUCAACAUAAACAGCAAUGGCGGAGGCAGCAGUAGCGUCUACGGCGACUUCACCAGUAACAGGAGGUUGGACCAAACACGUAACCUGCAGAUAUUUCAUGCAUGGUCUUUGCAAAGAAGGAGACAACUGUCGAUAUUCCCAUGAUCUGACCAACAGCAAACCUGCAGCCAUGAUUUGCAAGUUCUUUCAGAAGGGAAACUGCGUGUUUGGGGAGCGUUGCAGGUUUGAACACUGUAAACCAGCAAAGAACGAGGAGCCGCCAACCCCCCAGACGCUGCCGCUGCCCUCCGUCUCGCUGGUUGGCCCAUCUGAUCCAGAACCCAGUGGGCCAACACCUGGCCCAGGGGCACCAGACUGGGUCAAUGCUGCCGAGUUUGUUCCGGGACAGCCAUACUGUGGACGGGCUGAACCAGUGAAGGUGGAGAGCUCUGUCCCCCUCAUUGAGGAGUUUGACAGUGACGCAGCACCGGAUAACAAAGAGCUAAGGAAACAGCUCUGUCCGUAUGCCGCUGUCGGAGAGUGUCGCUACGGAAUCAAUUGUGCCUAUCUCCACGGCGACGUGUGUGACAUGUGCGGCCUCCAGGUGCUCCACCCCACUGACAACAACCAGCGCUCAGACCACACUAAGGCAUGCAUCGAAGCCCACGAGAAAGACAUGGAGAUUUCAUUCGCAAUCCAACGCAGCAAGGACAUGAUGUGUGGCGUGUGUAUGGAAGUGGUGUUCGAGAAGGCCAACCCGAGCGAGCGCCGUUUCGGCAUCCUCUCCAACUGCAGCCACUGCUACUGUCUAAAGUGCAUCCGCAAGUGGAGGAGUGCCAAGCAGUUUGAGAGCAAAAUCAUCAAGUCUUGCCCAGAGUGUCGAAUCACAUCUAACUUUGUCAUCCCAAGCGAGUACUGGGUCGAAGAUAAGGACGACAAGCAGAAACUCAUCCAGAAAUACAAGGACGGCAUGGGGAGUAAACCAUGUCGAUACUUUGACGAGGGUCGUGGAACCUGCCCCUUUGGCUCAAAUUGCUUUUACAAGCACGCCUUUCCUGACGGACGGCUGGAGGAAGCUCAGCCCCAGCGAAGACAGACUGGAUCCAACAGCAGGAACCGGAACUCGAGGCGGACGCCACUGUGGGACAUCUUCGACGAGCGGGAAAGCACCGAUUCCUUUGACAACGAGGACGAGGAGAUGGUGACGUUUGAGCUGAGCGAGAUGCUCCUCAUGCUGCUUGCGGCAGGAACCGAUGAUGAGGUGACAGAUUCAGAGGAUGAAUGGGACUUGUUUCACGAGGAGCUGGACGAUUUCUAUGAGAUUUACCUAUAGCAGCUCCCACGACUAACCCUGCCCCACCCCCUCCUCCUCCAUAUGUAUACUAGACACUAGAAUGGACUGUCUUGUGCGAGUGAUGGACAGUAGCUUUUCCCCCACCCCCUGUAUUGUGGCAGUGCCUUUAAGCAGGCCAUUAAUAAAUGAACUCAUAAAAGAUUAAAAAAAAGAUAAAAAAUCCAACAAGUCAGUGCGCUCGUGCUAAACAUUUUCUAGACAUCUAUCCUCGUGAGUCUAUCUUGUGCAGUUCAUGUUAAGAGGUAAAAUAAUAAAAUGACAAAAAGAACUCAAUAUAAGAUUUAACAAAAAUUAUAACUUUCUUCAAAUAUUGCUAAUAAACAUUGUCAGGUUUAUUUGUGGGUGUGGGUUUGACUUGUUUAUCAUCUACCCAGGUGUUAAUAUGUAUUUCUGAGACUCUGAGGAUGCACUCGAACUUACUCAGCACCAUUUACUGUAACCGUGAUGGGCAUGUUGUAAGAUUUUACUUGCGGUUUUUGAAGGCCGGACCUUUUUUUUUCUUUAUUAAAGCUGAUGAUAGCCAUUAUAUUGUGCUGAUGAUUAAUACAUUUACCAUAAUCAUUUUCAUAUUGUACUGCAAAGUAUUUAAUGUGUCCCCUAGAAAUCUUUACUAGCUUUUUUCAGGGUUGAAUGAAUUUGGAUCAUAAUUGAACGCAAGCUCUUAGGGUUGGUGGCAAUUUAAAGCAAGGUGACCACUAGCCCUGAUCCUUGAUGGCCAUCUUUGCAACUCAAACAUUUUAGGCACCCAGGGGUUCAUAACAUUUGGUACAGAAAUAAUGUAAAAAGCCAUAUCUAAUACCAUGGGAUUUAAACUGAUCUUGAGCACACUAAUUUGAGCCUACAAAAUGCUGCUCAGUGCUGCCAACUGACUUUUCCCGCCUCUUAUUCCUCUGUGCUCCAAUAACAGUUCCAACAGUUGAACUGAACAGUUCCUCGGUCAGAACCUCAGUCAGUUUUCUCCUUUCCUGUACUUAAUUAUGCUAUGUGCUAGACUCUGUGUUGAAAAGACAACCACAUUUUGACCAUGGUUAACUUAAGAUGUGAUUUUUAUAUAUAUAUAUAUAUAUAUAUAUAUAUAUAUAUAUAUAAAAGUCACCUUUUAUCUUUUUAACCAACAUCAAAAUGUGAUUGUCUCAUCAACAUAGAUGAGCUUGUACAGGAAAGGAGGAAGUUGACCAAGGCUUGCUAAACUGUUAUUAGAGCACAAAGCAAAAAGGGCUUAAAGUCUUAGGAAGGGUUAGCUGUGGCUGAACUGAUAUUAUAGCAAUACUACUGAACAUAAUUCCUAUAACUUCCAGCCACCAGGGCAGCACUGCAGUCAGUGAGACAUUUUAUGAAUUGCUCAGUGACUGAAGUGUCUGGGUUACAGAGAUGGUGAGUUAGGGCUCUGAUGAUAGACUGUAUAGAAGUGGACGUAGCCUCCGGGGCAAAAUUUGCAUCCCAAUUAAUAUCACAGUCAAAAUGGCUGAUAGCUUUAGUGUUAGCUAUGUUAAUGGUACCUGGCCCGGCCAGGUUUAAAGCAUCUUUCACGAUAAACUAGUUUCUCUCCAUCCCCACGACUCAUCCAAAUAUAUGGUCACUUCUGGCUCCAAAAACAACAAAGAUGGCGACGAAAAUGCCAAACUGGAUGUGUCCACUUUUUUCAUACAGUCUGUGGCCCUGAUACCAUGUAGGACAGGUCCUGGAUCAGCACUAGGGAUAAACCUGCUAAUUGGCUAUAGGCUAAAUGACCCCCAACCUUCCUCUUUUACCCCCUCUCUCACAUGCACCUGUGCACCUAUUGAAGCAGUCUGAGAAACAUACUUCCUUUGAAUUAAGUUACUGUGCAGUUGAAGCUUCCUAAGUCCUGCCCCUUCUUGGUCUGUGUUCCAGUAACAGUUGAGGAAGGCUUGGUCAGAACUUCUCUACUUAGAUAUGCUAUGUGCUCGUCUAUGUUGAAAAAAGGGCACAUUUUGAAGAUGGUUAAAAGAUAAAAGUGACAUAUUAGCUAAUGUUAGCAAAAUGCUAGCUAGGUUCUGACCGAGGUUUGAGCAAAAAGAGGCGGGAUUUAGGAAGGGUCAAUUAAGGUUAAGAGCCAUGUCCGGUUUUCCAGAUACUUUGUCUUUCUGUGAUCUAUCUAUCUAAAUAUCUAACUUCUUGUAGUUUUGCAUAAAAAUCCAAUUAUACAUCAGUAAACUGCUACUUCAGUCAAAUGGACAAAAUAAAAAUCUUUUUCCCCUUCCACCAUCCUGAAUCUCAGCAUCAGGAACACCUGCGGUACCAAAAGGCAAGCCCUUCCUCUAAACCAGGUUUCAGAGUCGACAUUUGUGAUUAAAAACUCUUCAGCAGACCUGCAGUGCAGAGAAUCGUGGAGCAGAGACUUUUUUUUUUAUUUCCCACAACACCCGUAUGAAGUGUAGAUUCACUGUUCUGUCGGCUUAACUGAGUAAUGCAUAUUAAGCUUUGCUGCUGAGAUAUUCAUCCACAGACUUCUGAUAGCUGGUCUCAACCUGUUGAACUCCAUUGGAAUGCAUAUGUUUAUACUGAAAUGUGUGUUUUCUAUGUUCACAGCCAUCCAUCUUAACUUGAAAUUAAAGUUUAUUAUCAAUCUCU